CCUUUUUUCGCGCUAUUCUGUUAAUUUUCCGCUCUCUUUCAAUUCACUCAUCCUCAUGACAGCUCUCUCUCUCUCUCUCUAAAAACCUCGCCAGUUCUCGUAAGCAUCUGUCAACAGAUGAAGAAGAAGAGAUGCGGAAUUCACCUGGUCCUGCUAGGGUUCCUUCUUUGCUUACCAAUGCGCAUUCAAGGAGAAUCGUCGACGUGCUUGAUGGUGUACAGAGAAGGCGGUGCUCUGGCUGUGUUUCAGUCCCCAAAAUGCCCUCGCUGGAAGCUCUCGGAUUAUUCCGCUUCACCGCCUACGGCGAGGUGUCAGUCGGCUACGCAUCAGGGGCUGCGGAAGUCUCAGGAGGAUCGCACCCUCUGCGUCCUUGAUCUUCGGAUUCCCUUUCCCGGUCCUUCAGGACUUACAGAGGUUAUAGUUGGUAUCAUGGCUGUUUUUGAUGGUCAUAAUGGUGCUGAAGCCAGUGAGAUGGCUUCAAAGCUAUUGCUAGAGUAUUUCGUGUUGCAUACGUAUUUUCUUCUUGACAGCACGUUUUUGUUUAUAUCGAAAAGGUCCGUGGGGAUGUUGCCAGAUAACGAAGAACCUUAUCUUACUUUUCAAGCAAUUAAUUGGGAAGAUGUUGGGAAUUGGCAUGCAUCAGAUCAUGAAAGGUUUAAGCUAACAUCAUCUGCGAUCUUUAGUGGAUCUUUUCACUUGGAAAUUUUGAAGGAAUCAUUACUGAGGGCAAUUCAUGAUAUUGAUGUAGCAUUUUCUAAGGAAGCAUCUAGAGAUAAUCUUGAUUCAGGUUCUACCGCCACUGUUAUACUACUAGCAGAUGGGAAAAUCUUAGUUGCUAAUGUUGGAGACUCGAAGGCUCUUUUGUGCUCUGAAGAAUUUCAAUCUCCAUCGGAGGCUAAAGCCACUUUGUUAAGGUUAUACAGGCAGAGACGUCGUGAUGGUGCUAUUUCUCCCAUUAAAUUCAAUAACGGAUUUCAAUUGGCAGCUUCCAAUGGAUUACCUCAUUUUUGUGCUAAGGAACUGACAAGCGAUCACCAUCCAGAUAGAGAUGACGAAAGGUACCGAGUCGAAUCUGCUGGUGGUCAUGUCGAAGAGUGGGCUGGUGUGUCGCGAGUCAAUGGUCAGUUGGCUGUUUCGCGAGCUAUUGGCGAUAUCUUCUUUAAAAGGUAUGGCGUCAUAUCGUCGCCUGAGGUGACAGAUUGGCAAUCUCUGACUCCCAAUGACAGCUACCUGGUGGCUGCAUCCGAUGGUAUCUUUGAGAAGCUCAGCCCACAGGAUGUUUGUGAUCUGUUUUGGGAUGUAGAUAAUCAUGGCACUGUGAUGUCAGAACUUGCUGCGUCAUGCUCAUACUCGUUAGCUGAUUGCAUCGUGGAUAGUGCUUCAGAAAAAGGUAGUAUGGACAACAUGGCAGUUGUUGUAGUUCCACUUAAAUCAACUGUUUUCUCUCAGUCGUCGAUGAAGGAACAGUUACAUGGAGUGGGGAAAUUCGACCAGUUAGCUUUUGGAGUGCAAAAAUUCAUAGGUGAAGAGUCAGAAUUGGAGCAUGUUCAUCCAGUUGUGGCCAAGUUUGACAGGUUAUUGGUUGGAAAAAAGCAUGGCACAGUUGGUCAUUUUUAUCUAUCCGAGAACCUUAACGAAGAUGUGGAUCAUACAUUCUGGGUUCAGAAGGCUGACCAGCAUCAUAAGUAUGACUUACCACAGGCUUUACCUGAGCCACAUGAUUACCAUUAUAGUGGGCCUUUAAAUUUGUAUAACUAUCAGAAUAUGUGCUUGCACUAUGGGAUGACUGUUAAUGAGGAUACUGGCAAAUGUUUAAAUCCUGACGGCUUUGCUGGUUUCCUUGGUCUUCUCGAAUCAAUUCCUAUGCACAAUAUGGGUUCAGAAUAUGGAUCAGCUGAGCAUGCUAUGCCUGACUUGAGGUACAUUCUAAAGAAACGGUAUGGUCGUGGAGCAUUUGGAGAAGUUUGGCUGGCGUUUUACUGGAAUGGUACAGAUGGCAGCAAUGCUUCGAAUUGGGGUCAACAUAACACCAGAGGGUUUAAUACUCUUCACUUCGACACAUAUGGUAGAAAUUCUCAAACAAACUCAUCUGCUCGUGAUUUUAACCGUGGUGCCCCCGAGGACAACUUGUUCAUUCUAAAGCGUAUAAUGGUGGAGAGAGGGACCAGUGUUUACUUAAGUGGCCUGCGGGAAAAGUAUUUUGGUGAAGUUUUCUUAAAUGCGUCUACAUUUAUUGGAAGCUUGCCAUCAGCUAAACUAUCGGAGUCAGUCUUAAAAGAAUCGCAACCAGAUUUCAGUGAACUUCCGAAAACAAAUGAAUCAGUUGCUCAUGAGACCGGGGAUGCAUGGAAUCUUGAUAAUAUAUCACAAUACAGAAAUAGACUGCAGAGAGUAACCUAUGAAGAAGGUUUGAAUCAUAUUGCAAGAUAUGUAGAGUCUUUCGAGUCUCGAUCUAAUGAAAUAUGGCUUGUAUUUCGCCACGAAGGUGUGUCCUUGUCAAAAAUUUUGUAUACAGCGGAAAAAGUCGGAAAUAGCACUGAUGAUGAAAGGGAUGAACACGCAAAACAUGUCCAGAUAUUGCGUCCAUCAAAAUGGUGGCAUUGGUUGAAAACAACAGAGGCAGGACAAGAGGAAAUGCGCAACCUUAUCUGGCAAUUGUUGAUGGCACUCAAAUCCUGUCAUGAGCGCAAUAUCACCCACAGGGAUGUUAAACCUGAGAACAUGGUCAUUUGCUUCGAAGAUCAGGACUCUGGGAGAUGCUUAAUAGGAAUUCCAAGCAAGGAUAUGAGAUACACAACCAAAAUGCGCAUGAUUGACUUUGGUAGCGCGAUGGAUAUGUUUACGAUGAAGCUUUUAUAUGGUUCUGUUGGACCUUCAAGAUCUGAACAAACUUACGAGUAUACUCCUCCAGAAGCUCUUCUAAACUCUAGUUGGUACCAAGGGCCAAUGCAAACGAUUUUGAAGUAUGAUAUGUGGAGUGCAGGUGUUGUGUUCUUAGAGUUGAUUUUAGGAUCACCAGAUGUAUUUCAGAUAAGUGCUUUGACGAGUGCUCUUUUGGACCAGCAUCUUGAAGGUUGGAAUGAAGGCUUAAAAGAGCUUGCACAUAAACUUCGAGCAUUCAUGGAACUAUGCAUCUUAAUGCCUGUGAGUUCCUCAAAAAAGUAUCAUGUAUCCGGUAUGAAGGGUGGGGGUGCAAAUUCACCGGCUUCCUGGAAAUGCUCUGAAGAAUAUUUCUCCCAGCAAAUAAAAAAUAGAGAUCCGCUCAAAAUUGGGUUUCCAAAUGUUUGGGCUUUGCGAUUAGUACGUCAAUUGUUAGUUUGGGAUCCUGAUGAACGACUGAGUGUUGAUGAGGCUCUGCAGCAUCCUUAUUUCCAAACCAAUCUCCAAGGAUGAGCUCAUGGAAAAUGUGGUUCAUGUGCCAUUUCAAACAUGUGUUGUAUGUGUGCUGAAAAGAUUUCGGUUCACUUUGACGUGAUUUUGACUACACUGUCAUUUGAUUACAUGGGGAAGACAGUCACACGCCAGAAUUAUGAUCCGCGCCGGAAAACGUUUACUGAAACUGGAGAGCCACGCGCAUCGAAACUACAAUAUCGUUCUCUUCUAGGUGCCUCUCUGAGGAGGCUGCUGCAAAAUCAGUCGUUAUUUGAUCUAAGCCGCGACUCUUGGUAUAUACAUUAUCCGGUGCAGAGGUGAGUAAUUCUUCAGCAUCUCCUCAACUGACAGCUUUAUCAUCCAAACA